AUGUCCGGGUACCAGUACCCGCACGAGCCGAGCGCCGCCGACUACGACUACCAUGGCGGGCACUAUCAGGGCGCUUCAGGCGUGGCGGGAGGAUCGGGCGGCCUGCCUGUCUCCAUCACACGGAGCCUGCGAAAUCAAGGCGGCCUGUCCAUCAACGUCGGCGAGGCAAACAAGGGCGACGUCGACCAGGCGCAUGCUGCGCACGCCGUCAUGAACCACGAGCAGUACGACGCGCAGCAGUACGAGCAUGUCGACCGCGGGUUCGACGGCGACGAGGAAGGCUCGUUCCACGAAGGUUCGGAUGAGGAGGUGGCAGAAGCGCUACAGGGCGGGCAGCAUCGCUUCCGCUACCAGCAGCACCACGACGACGAAAUGCACGGCGGGCAGGGGAUGGAGCACGACGUUGACGACGAGGAAGUCGAAGGCGCGGAAGAGGAUCUCAACGCCGGCGAGUUCAGCGACUCCUUGUCGUCGUCGCCGUCCAUUCCCGACGAAGACAUCGACUUCGGUCUCGUCUACGCCCUGCAUACCUUCCUCGCGACAGUCGACGGCCAGGCCAGCGUCGUCAAGGGCGACAAGCUCCUCCUUCUCGACGACUCGAACUCGUACUGGUGGCUCGUGCGCGUGCUGAAGACGCAGGCGAUCGGUUACAUUCCCGCCGAGAACAUCGAGACGCCUUGGGAACGCCUCGCACGACUGAACAAGCACCGCAACGUCGACCUCACCUCGGCUACCCAGCAAGACGUCAUCACCGGCCCAACUUCCUCCUCCGCCCGAACACGGUUCAUCUCCCGCAUCCCUCCCUCGCAACAACCAAACCCUCACGAGUCGCGCCACCCAUUCGCGAAAGGCGUUCCUGCAUCUCCAUCGCACAAGGAUCACCCGCGCAACAUCUCGCCCCCGCCUUUCGUCGGUCGACCAGGCAGCAGUAAAGCCAAGACCGUUGGUUUUGCCGCGCCGACGUACUACGCGCACUCGGCGACGGGCAUGACGGACGAGGAAGGAGAGGAGGACGGUGAGGGAUACGAGGAGGGGAUGGAUGUCGAGGGCGACGAGGGGGACGAGCUGGAUCGGCAUCCGGCCGAAGGGUUCGAGGAGGACGAGGAGGAAGACGGGUUGCGGGCGGGUGCGAGGGAAGAGUCCGAGUUCUCCGACGACCAUGAGCAUCACCAGGGUGCAGCGAGUGGUCGGCAAGAGCAUGAGGGCGUCUUCGCGGACGGAGAAGCGGAGGGCGAGGAAACGGAUGGCGAGGCGGACGACGAGGAUGACACCGCCGAGGCGCGACGAGGCCGUUCUCCGUACGACGAGGCGCUGCGACCAUCGUCAUCGGCUUCUGCGCAAGGAACGGACGAGGCGGCGAAGCGACAACAUUGGGAGCGCGAGUCGGCCGCUGCGUUGCAGGCGCAGGAGCAGGCGGCGCAGGCAGAGGCGCACUGGAAGCGCGAGCGGGAUGCGCAGGGGCAGCAGCAACGCGCUCUCAGCCCCCGCGUCGACUCGAUCGGCGCUGCUCAGGGUCGCCGCCCCCUCAGUCCGGCCGACGCCAAUCUGCAGCAGCAUGCGCAGCGUCUUGCGCCACAAGACGGUUUGUCGCCUCGCACUCGCCAGACCGACAACUUCGGCCUCUCGCCGACUCAGCCGGGCCCAUCUUCGCUCGCCAGCUCGACUCGCUCAAGCCGCUUCGACGAGAACGACUUUCUCGACUCGGAGGCGCCGACGAAGAAGCUCACUGCGACUCCACCUAUCGCGCGAGACGAAGAUGCGUCACGCUUCGACGACAAUCUUGGCCGCUCACCAACGUCACACCCUCAGCUGCUGCCCGGCGGACAACCUCCGCGACAAGUCGCGCAGCAGCCCUUGCGCGUUCGUGGCGUGGACCUCGUUGACCCUCGCGACCCUCGAUACAACCGCAUGCUCCAGCCUACGAAGCAAGCGGGCGAGGACCUCAUUUACGAGCGGGUCGUUGCGGACGCCCAACGCCAGCAGCGCAUGCAGGCGCAGGUGGAUGGUGGGGCGCGCAACGGGAGUCUCGAUUAUGGCGUCGGGAACGAAGGCGACGCCAGCUUCGGCUCGGUCGACACGCACACGUCGUCCAUCUCGGAGGGCGUUGGCGCUUCGGGCUCGAAGAAGGGUCAGCAGGCUCCGACGACGACGGAGAAGAAGCGCAAGAGCGGCGGCGGUAUCCUUGGUCUCUUCCGCAAGAAGGACAAGAAGAAGAAGGGAGACUCGAAGGACGAGAACGUCGUGCGCAGCUCGGAGGAUAGCGGCGUCCUAAGCCCGACCUCGACUGCCUUCCGUCGCAGCGGUUCAAUCAGUCCUGUCACGGCACAACAAGCGCCGAAUGAGCGCACAUCGUCGCGAAGCGGCGCACCCACCGCUGAAUCGAUGUUCUCGACGGAUGCCGCCUUGCGCCAGCAGGAGCUCGAAGCCAAGCAGGCGCUGUACCAUCAGUAUGGCGUCUCGCGGGCUCCGGGCGACAUCACCAACACGAUGACGCCGCGAGGACAGCCCGGUGGUCUGUCGGUCAGCGAUGCCCAGUCGCAAAGCCGCCUCAGCGUCGAGGGAACCGGCAGCAAGCGCAACUCGCUGCAGCUCCUCAGCCAUCCCGCCUCCGUCGUCGGUCCGACCGGAUCGCUCGGCUCCCCCAGCUCGCUCGGUCCUGCCGGCCAGCGCAUGCGGCCUGGCAGCUUGAUCGGCUCGCCCAGCAUUCCCGGUCUCGAAGUUCCGCUCCUCAGCGUGAUGCGCGUCUUCGCCGGCGCCAACAUCGACUCAGACGCAACUUUCAAGACCGUCUUGCUCAACCAGUCGACCAACGCCGCAGACCUCGUCAAGCAGGCAAUGCAGCGCUUCCGCCUGACCGGUGCCGACCUCACGCGGGAUGACUUCUACCUCACAGUGAAGGAGCUCGGCGGCGACGAGCGACCUCUGCACGACAUCGAGAAGCCGCUCGAGAUCUUCGAAGAGCUGUCGGAGCGAGCAGGCGACGAGUCUGCUUUCCCGCCGAACGUGCGCCGCUCUUCCGUCGGCAGCAUCAACUCCAUCUCGAGCAACCUCUCGCUCAACCCGGCGAUCGCACGUUCAGGCGUCAACGACUGGAGCGACGACUCGGCUGUCAAGUUCUACCUGCAUCGGCGAGGCAACCCCGACUCGCCUCUCGUCGGCCAGACUCCGCUCGACGGGGCGGAAGACUCGUUUGCCCAGCACUCCUCCGAGCACGACACGGCUUCCGACCACACUGCGACACCGCAGCUCGGUGUUCCGCAGAACGCACCCUCGUACCGCUUCGCCGUCCGGCUGCUCAUCCACCCGGGCGACCUUCCCGAGAACGUCGUGUUCGACCCCGCCAGCAACGCCAUCAUCCCGAAGGCCGUCCUCGCCGAGCGUCAGCAGCGCAACGGCGGCUUCUCCGAACCGCAAUCGCCCAGCAGCCUGUCCAGCUCGCAGCAGCCGAGGGAGAAGAUUAUCUUCUUCCCGAAAAACGCAAAUGUCAGCGAAGUCAUUGAGACAGCCCUCGACCGCUUCGGCAUUGUCGAUGGCGUUGUUGACGGAGGCGAUGAGGUGGAAGACCGGGUCUCGAGGCGGCGAAGCGUUACUCGCGUCAAGUACAGCUUGGCAGUCCUGCACGAGGGCAAGGAAUCCUUCCUCAACGCCUCGUCCAAGUUGCUCGACGCCUACACCGCUCCACCGCUCUUCAAGGCUUACGACCGGUCGUCAAAGGAGUUCCGCCGCAGGUCGGCCGACACGAGCUUGAUUCUCGGCAGCUCCGCCGACGUCCAGACGACCGACCCAGUCUUCGUCAUCCGCCGCUCUCCUCUUCGCUCGACUGCCGGGCGAGGCGGCGUCCUGCCGCAGACUAUCGACGAGCUAGAAGAGUUGCAGCAGCGACGACAAGCUGAGGAGGACGACGAGCAGGAAGUCCUGCGCGGAUCGCCCAAUCCGGCUACGGGUCCUCGCAGUCACCGCGACAUCAUCGCGGCUCAGCGGGCCGCCAGUCGAGCGAACCAGCAGGCCAUCCUUUCGGCGCAGAAGAACGGCGAACAAGGCUACGAUAUUGCGAUUCGGGACCAGGGCACCAUCCGCAGCGCUCGCGACGUCGACAACGACGAAGUCCGGUACUCGUACGUCGACGAGAGCGGCGCUGAGACCGACAUCAGCCGGAUCGUCGAGAACGAGUGGCAGUCUAAGGGGCGGCCAGGCCCACCGCCAGACCCCGUCGAAAUGCACCGACCAACGUCGAGCUUCUCUCGCACGGCCUCCGCAGCGACCACCACCGAUGCCGACUCGUUCCGUACCGCACCCAGCUCGUUGCCAGACGGCGCAAUGGCGACCGACAACGAGAGUCUAGCCGACGACGACCAACAAGCCAUCGAGGCUCUGCGGAGCACCAACCUCGACAUUGACAGUCCUGUCUCGGCGUUCGCCCCGGAAGUCUCGCCAUCGGUCGCUUCCUUCAAGACAGCGAUGGCCGUCCCGCCCGCCGCUGCUCACGAAGACGUACUUAAGGACGCUCUCGGACCCCGGCCGACGACGAGUCCGGCGCUCGACGAGAACUUGCAAGACCGCCUCGAGCGAGUCCUCGCUCGCGUCAAGGAGGAGAAGGCCCGUCGUGCAGCUUCUCCAACUGGCGCCAACGUCCGGCCGCGGUCGUUCAUGAGCAGCAGCACGUCUGCGACGCCCACAGGCCGUUUCUCGCCGGUCAACGUCGGCAUCCGCUCAGCCUCGGCGAUGGGAGGUCGUCGUUCACCCUUCGGAGACGGCAUGCGCGACGCGCCGUCGAUCAACCAGCUCAUGUCGCAGUCGACUCCGCCGGCUUCGACGUUGCCUCGAGACGGCGCCUCGGCCCACGCGAAGAAGGAUUCUAUCGCUUCCGUCUCGUCUACGGCUUCGACGACGACCGACCAACUCUCGACGCCUGUGACCGGUAUCUCCUCCGGCUUCACGCCCGCCUCGUCCGCCAAUUCGAACCACCGGCCGCAGAUCGUCUAUCGCGACGACUUCGGUUACGACACCCUCCUCGCGAUCGUCGAGGCGGACUCGCACGCUCCCGCGCGACAGCCCGAGCAGGUCUCGCCCGAGGAUGCAGUGCUGCACAGCCUGUUUGGCCGCGGUCUCGACAGCGUGCCCGACUUGCACCCGGAAGUGCGGUCCGCGUACGAAGGUCCCGCGAAGGCGCUGGACGACCUUGAUGCACGACUCGACUCUCUCCUCGUUAGCCUCGUGCGAGCCUGA